GAGUGGAAAAAUAAUGUUUGGACACUUAUGUUGUUAAUUUCUCCUUGGAAUUAGGUAGCAAGGGUGUGUUGUCCACAGUUAGCAAAAAGAUCAUCAUUUAUACAAGUCAUAGUUUUCGGCUAUCCACGCUUUAAUGAGGUUUACAUUUCUAAGCUGUUAAUGUAUUUAUUUAAUUGUCUUUUGGGGAGUUUUAAUUUCAAUUAGAUGCCUGUGGUACAAAACGGAUCGUCCAAAUGGUGAUGUUAAAAAAGGGGGAUCACGUCUGGAUCGAGUCCAGUAUUGGGGUCCCUAUUGGAGGUUACGUGAAGGUCUCAGGCAGUGGACAGUGUUACCUGGUUGAUGAUGAAGGGAAGGAGCACCAUAUCCCGGAGGGGGAAAAGGCCAGUCUGAAGCCUAUGCACCCCACCUCAGUAGAGGGUGUGGAUGACAUGAUCCGACUGGGGGACCUCAGCGAAGCCGGAUUACUCAGAAACCUGUUGGUGCGCCACAAACAUGGCAUGAUAUAUACCUAUAUUGGCUCUGUUCUGGUGGCCAUGAAUCCCUAUCAGAUGCUGCCCAUCUACACUGCGGAGCAGGUGGACAUGUAUCAUGGGCGUAAACUAGGCGAGCUCCCACCGCACAUCUUUGCUAUCGCUGACAGCUGUUACUACAACAUGCGCCGCAACAAUCGCAACCAGUGCUGCAUCAUCAGUGGAGAAUCUGGUGCAGGAAAGACAGAAAGCACUAAACUGAUUCUUCAGUUCCUGGCUGCUGUGAGCGGGCAGCACUCCUGGAUCGAGCAGCAGAUCAUACAGGCCAACCCCGUCCUGGAGGCCUUUGGGAACGCCAAAACCAUUCGGAAUGAUAACUCCAGCCGCUUUGGGAAAUAUGUGGAGGUCUUCUUUAAUAAAAACGGCGUUAUAGAGGGAGCUCACAUGGAACAGUACCUGCUGGAGAAGUCUCGUGUCUGUCAUCAGGCACCUCAGGAAAGGAACUACCACAUAUUUUAUUGUAUGCUAUCUGGGAUGCCAAGUGACCAAAAGAAGACACUCUCUCUUACUGAUGCAUCACAGUUCAAGUACCUGACUGAGGGUAACUGUUUGACAUGUGAUGGUCGGGAUGAUACUGAUGAGUUUGGACGAAUUCGUGCUGCUCUAAAAAUCCUCACCUUCUCAGAAAAGGACUGCUGGGAAAUUUUCAAAUUACUCGCUGCCAUUCUCCACAUGGGCAAUGUCGACUUUCAGAGCACUAUAAUGAACAACAUGGACACCUGUGACGUCCUGUCAUCAAAUCACUUUUCCGUCACUGCCAAGUUGUUGGAGGUGAAUGAUGCUACUCUUGAUAAGAGUCUGACCCAUCGCUCCUUCAUGACGAACAGAGAGAAAGUCACAAAGCCCCUCAACUCAGAGCAAGCCGCAGACACCAGAGAUGCUUUUGCAAAGGCCAUGUACGGGAGGCUGUUUGUUUGGAUGUUCACAAAAAUAAACGGUGCCAUUUUCAAACCCCAGACUGAUGAGCCCUCCUACACGCGCAAGUCCAUCGGCCUGCUCGACAUUUUUGGCUUUGAGAACUUCCCUCGGAAUAGUUUCGAGCAGCUGUGCAUUAAUUUUGCCAAUGAGAACCUGCAGCAGUUCUUUGUGAGACACGUCUUCAAGCUGGAGCAGGAUGAGUACAGUAAAGAAGGAAUCACAUGGAAGCGCAUGGCUUUCAGUGACAACCAGAAAACCCUGGACCUGCUGGCUGUUAAACCUCUCAACAUACUGGCUCUGAUUGAUGAGGAGAGCACCUUUCCUAAGGGGACAGAUGCCACAAUGUUAAACAAAAUGAACACCGAACACAAUGGAAACAAAAUGUACAUCUCAUCCAAGGGCAACCAUGGCAUGAGUUUUGGGAUUAAACACUUUGCUGGAACAGUUUAUUAUGACUGUGAAGGUUUUUUGGAGAAGAACAGAGACACCCUAAGCAUGGACAUGUUGGAGGUCAUUCAUAAAUCUUCCAACAAGUUGCUCAAAACAAUCUUCGAAAAGGAGAUGAAUACCAACUCAGCCAAGAACAACAACAAAGGCCACAAAAUCAUCAUUACGCCAAAGAGCUCAUUACGACAAAUAAAUGAUUCGAGGCGGCAGAUAUCUACUCUGAGUGGCCAGUUCCGGCAAUCUCUGGACUCUCUGAUGAAGGCCCUGUCUCUCUGUCAGCCUUUCUUCAUACGUUGCUUCAAACCAAACGACAAAAAGUUGCCCGUGGUUUUUGAUAGAAACCUCUGCAUGCAGCAACUGCGCUACUCUGGAAUGUUGGAGACCAUUAAAAUACGCAAGUCAGGAUAUCCCAUCCGGCACACCUUCAAAGACUUCCUGCAUCGCUAUCGUGUGCUCCUAAAGACUGUGGACUGUGACCCCAACACUGAGCCUGCUGCUAACUGCUGUGCAGCCAUCUGCAAGGCUUUGAUCAAAGAUGAAGAGGACUGGAAGAUUGGCAAAAGCAAAGUCUUUCUCAGGGAUCAUCAUGACGCCUUCCUAGAACUGGAGAGAGAGCAAGAGCUUUACAGGAAGGCACUUAUCAUCCAAAGAGUGAUGCUCGCUCAUAAGGACAGAGCAAAUUUUGUAAAGAAGAGGAGGGCAGUUCUGGUUUUGCAAAAAAACUGGCGUGGCCACAGAGAGAGAAAAGACUUUUACAAACUCAAGCAAGGAUUUGCUCGGCUGCAGGCACAAGUGCGCAGUCGGCAGCUCCAUAAAGAGUAUAAGCGCAGACGGGCUGCAGCCAUCACUCUGCAAACACAGACCCGUGGCUACCUCGCCAGGAAAGACCUGAAACGCAAAAAAGAUGCAGUGAUAGUGCUGCAGACACAGACCAGAGGACUGCUGGCCAGAAAAACCCUCAUGAGAAUGAAAACAGAAGCGGUUUUGACUGCACAAGAGAGAGAAGCUCAGGAACGUACAGCAUUGGAGCUUCAGCAGCGCCUAGAGGAGCUGCUCCGAAAAAAUGAGGAAGCCAAAUCCCAGAAUAAGGGUGAUGAUGAAAUGGUGGAGAAUAUCUUUGGCUUCCUUCCGGCUACAGUAGGAGGUCAAGAGGGACCAGCUCCCGAGGGUUUUGAGGAUUUGGAGGAAGAGGCGGUGAAGUUAAAAGAGGUUGAAUUAGUAGAGAGCCCUGUAAGGGAGAGGAAGGUGAUACCAUUACAAGACAGGAACGAACAAAGUUCAGAUGAAGAAGACGAGGAUGAAAAGGAGAAGGAGAGAGAGAGGGAGAGGGAGAGGGAGAGGAAGAAGGAAAAGGAGAGGGAGUUGGAGUUGGAGAAGGAGAGAGAGAAGGAGAGAGAGAGGAAAAGGGAAAAGGAGAAGGAGCGGGAAAAGGAGAGGGAGAUGGAGAAGGACAGGGCAAGGGAGGCCGAUGAGCACUCCUUCUCUAAAUUUGCAUCUCUAAACUUCCAAGGGUCUUCCACUCACUCACAUAUCCAACAAAGAUUACGACAACCCCUGCUCUACCAUGAAGAUGAAGGAGAUACCCUGGCUUGUUUGACAGUAUGGUGGAUCAUACUAAGAUUUAUGGGAGAUCUUCCAGAGCCAAGGCAAGAACGUAUUUCUUCUAUAGCUGACCCCAUUCAAAUGAACCUUGGUCAGAGACAAGCCCGCCGACUCAGUAGCCUUGUUGGAUUAGAUCAGAAAUUUUUGAGAAAAAAAAUGAAGCAACAGAAGGCGACAGCGAAAAGAAAACACUCAACCAUUCCUGAAGAAGAGCCAGAAGAAGAACUAAAACCUAGACUGCAGGCUGUUCAGGAGGAAGAGGAUGUACUGUUUGGAGAGAGAGCAACUUAUGAUCGUCCAAUGACAUCAUUGGAGAAAUUGCAUAUUAUAGUAGGAUAUGCUAUCGUACGACAAGAUAUAAGAGAUGAAAUCUACUGUCAGAUCCUUAAGCAGUUAACAGGCAAUAAGAACCAAAAAAGCACAAACAGAGGCUGGAUUCUUCUGUCCAUCUGCCUGGGUAUUUUCCCUCCUACGGACCGCCUCACUAAGUACCUGGAGAGUUUCAUACACUAUGGGCCAAAUGAGUACUCCUCGUACUGUGCAGAGCGACUACGGAGGACUUUAGCCAACGGAGAAAGAAGUGAGCCGCCAUGCUGGGUUGAACUACAGUCUGUAGAGAACAAGAAGCCCAUUACAGUAGUUGUGGGUCUGAUGGAUGGCAGAAACAUCAGCCUUACUGUGGAUUCAGCCAGCACUUCUGAAGAGGUGUGCAAUGCGAUUUUCCAGAAAGUAAAGCUGCAGGACACUUACGGCUUCUCCCUGUAUGCUGCGAUGUAUGAGAAGAUGUGGUCUCUUGGCAGUGGCAGUCAGCACGUCUUGGAUGCCGUGUCUAUGUGUGAGCAGGAAGAAAAGAGGCAGGGGAAAGAGGAACAACAUGCUCCUUGGCGUCUCUAUUUCCGCAAAGAGAUCUUCACUCCAUGGCACGACUCUUCAUCUGAUCAAGUCAGCACAGAGCUCAUCUACAAGCAGGUCGUCCACGGACUCAAAAGUGGUGAUUAUCAGUCUGAUAAGGAGGAUGAUUAUGUACAGCUUGCAGCCAGACAUUACUAUGUACUGCAUGGUUCUGAAAGCAGCAUGGAAACCACAGAGAAGAUUGUUCGUGAGUGCAUGAACAUGACUAUAAUUGAGAACAAGUCUCUCGUCAAACUAGUGCAGUUGGUGCAUGCUGCACACACAAAGGGUCCUUACAUAAACUCUACUACACCUGUCUUUGAAGUGAAAAUGGAAACGGUCAAACUUGCACAGGAGAAGUGGACAAUCUAUUUCUCUAAGUUCUAUGAGGCACAAAUUAUUUCAGGUCCCACAGUGCCUCAAGACGAGUUUGUAAUUGUGGUGAACUGGAAGGGGGUCUUCUUUCAAGAUAGGACAGAAGCCGCAUUUCUGCAGUUGUCUUAUCCUGAGGUGUCAAAUAUUGAAAUAAGCGACGACAGGUCUGGUGGGAUUGUGUGUUUGACAACUCCAAAGGGGAUGUAUGAACUGAAUGUUGCGAAGGGAAGAGGAUUAGUGGAGCUAGUCAACUUUUUCAUCUCAGGGCUUAAGAAGAGAUCCGAGUACGCAGUGGCAAUACAGGACCAUAGCAGACAAGAGGAUCCCGCAUUGCUGAGCUACAGAAGGGGAGAUGUGCUGUAUAUCAUAAAGGAUGGGGAGUAUUCUUCUGAUGAAGGCUGGAUCAAAGCGAGGAAUGAGAGGACAAGUCAAACUGGAGCAAUUUCCUUAGAUGCCGUUCGGAUUUUGCCGUUGUUGUCCAGGCCUACAGAAGAAACACUGAAUUUGCUGAAUUUGACCCCAGCACGAAGAAAAUCAGUGAUGCCGGUGUUGCCGAAGAUGGAGGAGCUCAGCACAGAGAAAGUUGCCGUUGCAACGCUCAAGGAGUUCUCUUUUGAUUAUUUCAGGGAGUCACAGGGAGGUGGCCGUGCCAGAGGGAUCAAAGAGAAAUUGUGGGCCAACAGCAAAGAGCAUCUCAAACAGCCGCUGCUCAGGAGCCUGCAGGGCAACACAGAGCUGUCCCACCUCGCUUGUGACUGCUUCACAGCUAUCCUUAAAUAUAUGGGAGAUUAUCCAGUCAAGCAUGUGCGGACACCCAUAGAUUUAACAAACCAGAUCUUUGGGCCAGCAACGGCACACGUGGAGCUACGAGAUGAGAUCUACUGUCAAAUAAUGAAGCAGAUGACUAAUAACAACCAUGGGCUGAGUAUGGAGCGAGGAUGGCAGUUGUUGUGGCUGUGUUGUGGUCUGUUUCCUCCAAGUCAGUUGCUACUGAAAUAUGCUCAACGUUUUCUGGAGUCCAGACCAAGGGAGCCUCUGGCCUCCGCCUGCCUGCAAAGGAUGCAAGCUAUGCUUAGUAUCGAGGGAAGGAAGUUGCCUCCUCACCAGGUGGAAGUGGACGCUAUUCAAAAUAACAGCACCCAGAUCUUCCAUAAAGUUCAUUUUCCCAACGAUACAUCUGAUAUAUUUGAGGUGACCACCACUACAAGGAUCAAAGACUUAUGCCGCAACAUUGCCAGAGACCUCCACCUCUCUUCAGAAGAUGGAUACAGUCUGUUUGUUAAAACAUCCACCAAGGUAGUAAGUAUGGAUUCGAAAGAGUACUUUUUUGACAACCUCAGGCAACUCACAGAUGUCGUCAUUAAAAAGGGAAAGAAAGUCAAAGAGGCUACUCCAACUAUUGCGCCUUACCUGGUGCUCUUCAUGAGGAAGCUCUGGUUUAAUGUGAUCCCAGGAAAAGACCUAAUUGCUGACCUAACCUUCCACUUUCCCCAGGAAUUGCCGAAGUAUUUGAAGGGCUACCAUGAUGUAUCUAAAGAGGACAUGAUCAAACUGGCAGGACUGCUGUUCCGUGUUCAGGUUGACACGGAUAAAUCACAGUUCGUCAUGAUCCCUAGAAUGCUGAAAGAUCUGGUGCCAGCUGAUCAGCACACAAUCAUGACUCCUGAUGACUGGAAGAAGCACAUCAUCAACGCAUACAACAAGCAGGCAGGCAUAACCGUAGAUGAAGCCAAACACCAGUUCCUGAAGACGAUCUCGCCGUGGCCUACCUUCGGAUGUGUUUUCUUCGAAGUGAAGCAAACCUCAGAGAAGAGUUACCCCAGUAUUAUUACGCUAUCAAUCAGCAAGCAGGGAGUCAACAUCAUAAACCCUAGGACAAAGGAGGUGCUUGCGAUGCAUCUAUUCAGUAAGAUCACUUCCUGGUCUAGUGGAAACACGUAUUUUCACUUGACCAUCGGCAACCUGGUGCAGGGCAACACUCUGCUCUGUGAGACCUCUGUGGGUUAUAGAAUAAGUGAUCUCCUGUCUUCUUACAAGGACAUGUAUCUGAAUGAGAUCCCAAGGGUGCGGAAAACAAAGAGGAUCAACAUGUAGUCCAGUUGUGUUCUGUUUCUUUUUGGGUCUUUAUCACAAAAUUAUAGCAUGGAUUUGUUCAAGUAACUUUUUAGAGAAUUGCGUAAGUAAAAAAAUAAUAAUUACUAAGAGGAAUUGGUUUUAAAAUCAUCACUUUUUAAUAUGUAACAUUAACUAGUAUAGAUCUGUCACUGAAAUCAUAAUGUUUUUGCUUGUUGCUUCUUCUAUGUGUAUUUUAGAUAAAUUUAUAGGCUUGAGUAUUUAUUUUUAGUUCAAUAGUCCAACUUCUCAUAGACUUUGCAUUGCAAUGUUACACUAGGUGGCAGUAUUUUUACAGUUUAAUUCUAAUCUAUCUAAUAGUGCUUUGAUGG